AGCAAUCGAAGCGCAGCCUAUGCAAGCUUGAGGAUGUGGGACCAGGCGAUCAAAGACAGCAACGAGUGCGUUCGGUUGCAGCCGAGCUGGGCGAAGGGAUACUGCCGUCAGGGAGUCGCGUGCGAGCACUCGGGCGAAAUGGGUCUAGCGGAGGCAGCCUAUGAGAAAGGCUUGGAGCUUGAUCCCGAAAACGCCCUUCUACAGAUCUCGCUGUUCCGGGUGUGUGUUGGACCCUCAAGAGACACCAAAGUGCAUCCGAAAGGUGUGAAUUGA